AAGAAAGUUUCCCAGCCGGAAGAUCGCCCCAACGGGAUCAGAAGAUUGAUCAUCUGGGAGGACAUUACAGCCUGCCCGAAUUCAGAAAAACAAAAAACAGUUUUAAUUAGUGGAUCACAGGUGGACUGUUGACCGGCAGAAGGGAUUUAAUUAUCGAGUGUUCAUCUACACAGUUCUUCCUAAUUAUCAACAUGUCUCCGAGUGAAACCACCCCACUCCUGGCCACCGACACUACAACCCCAGCUCGGCCGACGAUCAGUCCUUCGGAACGGGAAGAUUGUAAUGCGGUACAGAUAGAGGUCCAAGGCUCGGCUCAUGCUCUUCCAGGCCCGACCAUCCCGACUCCUCGCUUAAACCAACUCGUCACCCCUCAGAAGAGGGCUGCCAUCUUGGCUGCAGUAUGGACCGGUGUUUUCCUAGGCGCGCUGGAUUCGACGAUCGUCGCCACAUUGAUGUCAUCGAUAUCCUCGAGUUUUGAUGCCUCAAAUCAGCUCUCCUGGUUGGCAUCUGCCUACCUCCUAUCAACCUCAGCCACCGGAGCACUCUAUGGAAAACUAGCAGACUUGCUCGGCCGUCGGAUGUCGAAUUUGAUCGCCCUAGGUUUUUUCACCCUAGGAACGCUUGGCUGUGGGCUAUCGAGCAACAUGAGCCAAUUGAUCUUCUCCCGAUUCCUGGCGGGCUGUGGGGGCGGUGGGAUCAUGACGACCAGUAGUAUUAUCGCUACCGAUCUAUUCAGACUCGAUCAACGUGGAUUGGUCCAAGGCUUUGCCAAUAUCUGUUUCGGGCUCGGUGCUGCUCUCGGAGGUCCAUUGGGUGGCUGGAUCGCCGAUACGAUGGGCUGGAGGUUCGCUUUCUUAGCCCAGGUCCCUCUUCUGAUCAUAGCCACCAUCCUUGUGGCUUCUUUCGUUGACUACAAAUUGGAGGGACAAGUGACUAGCAAAGCCGAACUAGCUAGGAGAAUCGAUUAUCGCGGCAGUAUCGCUCUGGUUUGGAUGAUUGGCGCCUUACUGCUGUCCCUGAGCUUCAAGAGCAAUCUUCAGUAUGAGUGGACCGAUCCGCGAGUCUAUGGAAACUUUAUCGGGUUUUUGCUCGGAUUAGCCGUCUUCAUCUACAUCGAAUCGUCGGUCCCCGAGCCCGUCCUGCCACUCCGCCUGCUCAAAUUUCGCACCCCACUUUGUAGCGUCGGCAUCAGCUUUUUCACCAGUAUGAUUGUUUUCUCGGUGCUAUACAUGUAUCCGUUGUGGUUCGAAACAGUCAAGCUAAGCAGCCCGACGGAAGCAGGGCUCCACUUGAUUCCAAACUCGGUUGCACUCUCGGUUGGCUCACUUGCGGCUGGAGGCUGGAUCCUUAAAACCGGCCAACACAAGAUGGUGAUCUUCAUCAGCUCAGCCCUCUUACUACUUGGCUCGCUCCUCAUGCUUUUCAAACUGGAUUCGCCGCUUCAUGAAUGGAUAGAUAUUAUACCCAAUGGACUCGGUUUCUCGGCAAGCACGACUGCUGUUCUCAUUUCCUUAAUAGCAUCGGUUCCUGAGAAGGAUAUGGCCGUAUGCACGGGUCUAUCGUACUUAUUCAGAUACAAUGGUGUCGUCAUUGGUGUUGCAGCAAGUGGAGCGAUCCUUCAAUCAGUCUUGACCACUGAACUCAAGCACAGAAUCGUUGGUGAAGGGGCCACUGAGUUGAUUGAACGGAUCCGACACGAGUCAACACUAGUGAAAAGCUUGCCCGAGGGAAUCUGGAAACAAGGCGCGAUCGAAAGCUACAAAUUGGCACUCAAAAGCGUCUUUAAAUUCAACCUCCUCCUCUCCCUCAUCUCCUUCUUCCUAUCCUUUGGCAUCGAAAAUAACUCGCUUGAUAGAUAAUCAUUCAACAGGUUUCUUUCCUUUCCUUUCUUUUGUUUUGAUUUUUUCUGUAAAACUAAACUUAUCUCUCUCAUCUCUCGGGUUGCUUUAAUGUUGAUAUCCUAGACUAUCCAUUAUUAUCAUUUUCGACCAAAAAAAGAAAAAAA